AAAUCUCGCGCGCAACUGUAGAGGAGCGCGUGAGGACAACGAUGGCGGAGAGGUAGAACAGGUAGUAACCUUUUAAGGGUUUGACCAUUUGAGAAGUAACAUCGCAAUCUACAAAUUCGUAACUGUAGGAUUAGAACAGUGUUGGAUUUGAUUGAUUUGACAUUCCCGGCAAAAACAACAUCAGGAAGAUGCCGAACAUCAAGAUUUUUAGCGGUAGCUCGCACCAGGACCUUUCCCAAAAAAUUGCCGACCGACUUGGUUUAGAGUUGGGGAAGGUCGUCACCAAGAAAUUCAGCAAUCAAGAAACAUGUGUGGAGAUUGGUGAGAGUGUGCGCGGGGAGGACGUUUACAUUGUGCAGAGCGGCUGUGGCGAGAUCAACGACAACCUGAUGGAGCUGCUGAUCAUGAUCAACGCUUGCAAGAUCGCCUCCGCCUCCAGAGUCAGCGCCGUCAUCCCCUGCUUCCCCUACGCCCGCCAGGACAAGAAGGACAAGGUGGGGAGUCGAGCUCCCAUCUCCGCCAAGCUGGUAGCCAACAUGCUGUCUGUGGCCGGGGCGGACCAUAUCAUCACCAUGGACCUCCAUGCCUCUCAGAUACAGGGCUUCUUCGACAUUCCUGUGGAUAACCUGUACGCAGAACCUGCCGUGCUUAAGUGGAUCAAAGAGAACAUUCCGGAAUGGAAGAAUUGCACCAUUGUGUCCCCCGAUGCUGGAGGCGCUAAGAGGGUCACAUCCAUAGCAGACCGUCUGAAUGUGGACUUUGCCCUCAUCCAUAAGGAGAGGAAGAAGGCUAAUGAGGUGGACCGCAUGGUUCUCGUCGGAGAUGUGAAAGACCGCGUGGCCAUUUUGGUCGACGACAUGGCCGACACUUGUGGCACCGUCUGCCAUGCUGCUGACAAACUGAUUUCAGCUGGUGCCACAAAAGUUUACGCCAUUUUGACCCACGGGAUCUUCUCGGGUCCAGCCAUUUCACGUAUCAACAACGCCGCCUUUGAAGCCGUCGUCGUGACCAACACCAUUCCUCAGGAGGAGAAGAUGAAGCACUGUCCGAAAAUCCAGGUCAUCGACAUCUCCAUGAUCCUGGCAGAGGCCAUCAGGAGGACUCACAACGGCGAAUCAGUCUCUUACCUCUUCAGCCACGUUCCCUUGUAAUCUCUGGUCUCCUCUCCCCCCCCCCACACACACACACUAACACACACCUACACUCUACCCCACUCCCUGGAGGUCCUCUCUCUAUCCCUUCGUACCGGAGUUGUCUAAGGCUGAUCCGAUAUCCUCUCAACUCAUCUAUCCCAAGCUCACAAGAUGGCUGCCCCAUCAGGCAGACUGACAGAGCGGAGGACAUGCCCAUCCCCCCUAGUGACUAUCCGUGAAACAAUUUCCAAACAAAGCCUUCUUCGACGAGAAUGGUCAUAUCCAACAUGCAGCUGUUACAAACUCAAGUUAUUGAGUUAAAAAAAAUAUUUAGGUCAUUUCGUGGUGAUGUUACAAUUUUAUUUAUUGGUUCCUGAUUUUUAACUGUAGCUUUGAUAAUCAAAUCAGAAAGGUCAAAAGUGUUAAAGUCAUCAACAAAUUCAUACUGGCCAAUAGGGACCUAUAAUUAACACCACCCAAAUGCCUGAUGGAGGAAUGUGAUGAAAGGCAGUGAGUGUGAGUGAGUGAGUGAGUUCUUUUCUUUUUUCUUUCCCUUUUUCCCCAUAAGACACAAGCUUGUCUGAGGGCAAGAACUUCCUGGAGAAGAGUUGAUGUGCUGUUUUUAUUUUUAAUCUUUUUUUGUGCAUUUUUUUGUAAAGAGAUGACAUUUCUAUGGACACUGGACAGUAGUUUUAGUCAGUUAUUCAAAGAGGUCACAUCAUGGAAGUGCUUACCUUUCUGGUUCAUUUCUGCUUUUUUUGUAUGUGGCUGGUUUUUCUUCUUUGGGGGUUGAACACUCCAUUAUGGAUUGAUAACUUUGUUCUUAUUAAAGAGUCCUGAUGAAACCAUAAA